UCUGUCAGUGUCAGUGUCUGUCUGCUGCUGCUCCUGCCUCCUGCUAGGCGCAGUGACAGUAAUAACAAAUUUAAAUUUGGAUACCAAUUUGAAUUUGAUUAUAAACUAUCAAUAAUUAUGCUGUGCUCUCGUUUACUUCAGAAAGCAAUACUAUCACCAUCAUUCAACCAUGGGUAUUAUUCUGCUAAACACAGUAUUAAGGCAAUAUCAACUGGGAGAUUAUCUGUGGCUGGAUUAUCUGGAUUGAAAACAUGUGGAUGUUCACUAACAAAUAGUGCAAAAAGUAUAUCCAAGAUUUUCUCAAGAAAGUCAAUCACAGUAGCAGCAUCGCCUUUUCAGCCGAUACCUCGCACUCAGAAGAUUGUUGGAUAUUGGCUGGCAGGAUGUAGUGGAAUGGUAUUCUGUGCUGUUAUACUUGGAGGAGUUACAAGACUGACGGAAUCUGGGCUCUCUAUGGUGACUUGGAGGCUACUGGGCGAGAAUCUACCAACUACACAACAGCAGUGGGUUGAAGAGUUCCACAGAUAUCAACAGUUUCCUGAAUUCCAAAUAAAAAACAAAGACAUCACAUUGGAGGAGUUUAAAUUCAUCUGGUGGAUGGAGUAUGCCCAUAGACAGUGGGGGAGACUCAUCGGUGCAGCUUUCUUUAUUCCCGCCACUGUAUUUUGGACUAGAGGCUGGUUCAAUCCUUUGUUUAAAAAACGAGUACUAGCGUUUGGCACCCUGAUAGGAUUACAGGGCUUGAUGGGAUGGUACAUGGUCAAGUCUGGCUUAGAGAACAAGUUUGAUGGGCCAAGUGAUGUACCUCGCGUGUCACAGUAUCGACUGGCAGCUCAUCUGUCUCUAGCAUUCCUGCUAUACUCGCUGUUCUUGUGGUCUGCUCUUGACCAUCUGCUGCCUGCAGAACGAUUAGCUCAGGUAACAAAGGCUGCCGCCAAGUUUCGUGGACUCGCUCACUCCUGCAAGGGACUUAUUUUCCUUACAGCCAUUUCAGGAGCCUUUGUUGCGGGCUUGGAUGCUGGAUUAAUAUAUAACUCUUUCCCCAAAAUGGCCGAUAAGUGGAUACCAGAUGACAUCUUGAGAUUUUCCCCAGCUAUUCGCAACUUUACUGAAAACCCUACUACAGUUCAAUUUGACCAUAGGCUUCUGGGCACCUCAACACUCAUGGUGAUAUCAGGAAUGUGGCUUCUGUCCCGCAGAAGAGCAAUACCUCCAAGGGCAGUGUUAGCAGCCAAUGCUGUUGCUGCAAUGGCCUGGCUCCAGGUUGUCAUGGGAAUAACAACUCUUCUGACUUAUGUGCCAGUCCCCGUGGCAGCAGCUCACCAGUCAGGAAGUCUAUUGUUGCUAUCUUUUGCUGUGUGGUUGACACAUGAGCUUAAACACGUUAAGCUACCAAAGUAAAUGUUGGCUAUGUUAAAUAAAUAUAUUUA